AUGCAAAAGGGCAAGACACGUUCCAAGACAGGAUGCCGGACGUGCCGCAUUCGCAAGGUCAAAUGCGAUGAGGAAAAGCACAAUGUAGAAGGCCAAGAUGAGCCACAAUGCCAGCGCUGCUCAUCAGCGCGUCUCCGGUGCGAGUGGAAAGGCGGACCCAUUCCACGCAAAUUGGCAUCGGGAUUAGCAUCCUCUCCAUCGCCCUCGGAUAAUUCGCCAAGGGACCAUCUCAAUGGCGCUGACCUGAACCAGCUCAUGCGAAGGCGGCAAGCUGCUGAACAAGCCUUCAAUGCUGCCAAGCCACCAUUGCUUCCUUCGCAAAGACUGAGCAGUGCGAAUCCCGACCGGAGUAUUCAAGCGGCAAAUUCCUUGACUCUAUCUGCCUUUGACCGCGACUGUCUUAGCUAUUUGCAGAAUUCGACACUAGUGGUGAUCCUGGGGAAGCACUGGCCCUGGUCCACUGUCUCGUAUGCUUACCACAAAAUCGCGGUUAAAGAGCCAAUGGUCAUGAGCAUGAUUCUGGCUAGUACUGCUCGGGAAAUUCAUCGCUCAAAACUCUUCGACGAAGACAAUUUAUCCAGCAGUCCUUCCAAGAAUGAGUCCAAUGAAUUUGACGGUCGCAUGCACUACGGCCGCGCAUUGUCAAGCCUUCGACAUGCAUUGAAACAGGAUGUGAAGACACCACAGAAAAUCGAGGCCGUGUUUAUCACAUUAUGGCUCAUGAUCGAUUAUGAAAAUAGAUUUGGUAGCGGAAUCACGGCUAUCAAUAUUCACAUCCGAGGCAUUGAGACCCUUCUUCAUAACCAUAUCGUCCCUUUGCUUCAAUCUGGGACGGCACCCCAGAGGCCAUCUCCAUCUAACACCGCGGUCGCAAUCGCACCCGAAGGAUCAAGUUCCGAUUCGCAAACGCAACCCGAGAGACAACUGUCGAUGGCUGGAGCAACUCUCGCCGAAGGAUCAAGGGAAAUCGCUUUGGCAGACCCACUCGAGUCACUUCGUUCUACAUCGGUGCCCCUGUUUCUCUUAUGGACAUUGUAUUUUUUCACUCCAUCCGCGUUGUUUUUCGGACCCGAUACGACACGACUGGACACAGAUAUCUACCAGUUCUUCCUCAAUGCCGAAAGUGGCAAUGCGGAUCACUUGAGCCUGCCUGAGCUCUACCGAAUCUGCAGACAGUCACCCACUCGCUUCUGGGGCGAGAAUUACCCAAUGUCCGCCCAACUGGAUGAUAUGGAGAACCUUCCCGGUUUGACAUUGUACCACAACAGCCAUGUCAUUCAGUUCAAGAUCACCGAGCUGUUCCAGCAGGGUAUUGUGGAUGACGCUUCGGGCGCAAAGUCGCCCUAUCAGCAAUUAAUUGACCAAUUAAAUAUCAUCUCCGUUGAAUACGACACCGUCCUAGUAACCGCCAAAACCUCACCAUCAUGCGACGCACCCGGCGACCGCCGCGUCCUAGAAACAGUCUGUUGGUCCGCCAUCACCUUCUACAGCACAGUCGUAUUCUUCCACCUCUGCUUUCAAAGCAUCCUCAACAAACACCCCGGCACUCAAGUUCACGACAACCUCAUGACUCUCCCCGACGCUGUGUCCCAAGUUCUCGAGCUAAGCCUAAAAGUACAUCGCAGCCGACCGCGUCUGAUGAUCCGAAUCAUCUGGCCUUUGUUCUUAGCUGGCAUUGCAACUUCAGAUCAAAUCUAUCAGGACUGGGUGGCUAUCCAGUUGAGGGAACUUGGGAGGUUUGGUGAGAACUAUACGCGUAUUAGUAGGCGAUUCGAUGAGAUUAUUCAGGGGAGUCAGCCUUAUUUGUGCAGGGAUUUCCAGUUAAAUGCUUCUAGUACCUGA